UUUGAUAGGAAGCAAAAGAGAAAUACACCACACAAAUCAACAAAAUGUAUCAGCGAAACAGUAGAACGUGUGAGGGAGGUGAAUCCAUCACGAUGGUUCUAGUGCUCCGGUUAGCGAUGUUCCUGUGCACACUCACCCUGGCCACCUGCUCCCAAUGCACGUGGGAGUACGAAAAGUCCAGCGUUGUGUGCCGGCUUCGGACACUCGAACGGACCGGGCUGGAUCUGCAAGGUGCAGAAGGCACCUCCCGGCUGGACAUUGAGUGCAGUGAGUUGAUACUGUUCGAGAGUCAGCUUCCUCGCAACAGCUUUAGCCGGUUGGCGGCUCUCGGCGAGCUACGGAUCGAGUCUUGCAAACUGCUCCAACUGCCCGAGGGUGCCUUUGAGGGUCUGCUGGCCCUGAAGAAGCUCAGCGUUAACACACGCAACUACGAGUGGGGACCGGGCAAGGUAUUGGAACUGCAAGCCGGUUCCAUGCGUGGCCUGAAGGAGCUUCAAUCGCUCGAUCUGAGCGAUAACAACAUUCGUGCCCUGCCCGAUGGUUUCCUGUGCCCCCUGACGGGACUGAAGGUGUUGAACCUUACCAACAACCGUUUCCGGUCGGCGGAAGCGCUCGGUCUGGCCGAGAAAACGUGCGCCGGUGGGUCGGAACUGCAAGCGCUUAAUCUUGCCUACAACGAGCUACGAGCCGUACCGACCGGCUGGGGCGUUUCGAAGCUCCGGCGUCUGCAGCACCUCAACCUCGAGUUCAACAACAUCUCCGAGGUGCACGGUGAUGCUCUGGCCGGCCUGGGUUCGCUCCGUACGCUCAAUCUCAGCUACAACCAUCUGGAAACAUUGCCGGCCGGUCUGUUUGCUGGAUCGCGUGACCUCCGCGAAAUCCAUCUGCAGGGUAACCAAAUCUACGAGCUGCCCCGUGGACUGUUCCACCGGCUCGAGCAGCUGCUCGUGUUGGACCUCUCGCGCAAUCAGCUGUCCUCGCACCAUGUCGACAAUGGGACGUUUUCGGGACUGAUUCGGCUGGUGGUGCUUAAUCUGGCCCACAAUGCCCUAACCCGCAUCGAUGCACGCACCUUUGCCGAGCUAUACUUUCUGCAGAUUCUUGAUCUGCGCAACAACUCGAUCGGUUACAUCGAGGAUAAUGCGUUCCUGCCGGUAUACAAUCUGCACACGCUAAAUCUAGCCGAGAACCGGCUUCAUACGCUGGACGAUCGGCUAUUCAACGGGUUGUUCGUACUGUCCAAGCUAACGUUGAACAACAACCUCAUCAGCAUCGUUGAGCCGAACGUGUUCCGCAACUGUUCCGAUCUGAAAGAGCUCGACCUCAGCUCGAAUCAGCUGACCGAGGUGCCGUACGCAAUCCGCGACCUGUCGAUGCUGCGGGCACUCGAUCUCGGCGAGAACCAGAUCGCACGCAUCGAGAACGGCACGUUUUCCAACCUGAAUCAGCUGACCGGACUGCGACUAAUCGAUAACCAGAUCGAAAACGUCACCGUUGGCAUGUUUGCCGAUCUGCCCCGUCUGUCCGUGCUCAACCUGGCGAAGAACCGUGUGCAGAACAUCGAGCGUGGUUCGUUCGAUCGCAACCUGGACAUUGAGGCGAUCCGGCUGGAUGGUAACUUCCUGACGGACAUUAACGGUAUCUUUGCGACGCUCGCUUCACUGCUGUGGCUGAACCUGGCCGAGAACCACCUGGUGUGGUUCGACUACGCGUUCAUCCCGAGCAACCUGAAGUGGUUGGACAUACACGGCAAUUACAUCGAAUCGCUCGGCAACUACUACAAGCUGCAGGAGGAGAUCAAGGUGAAGACGCUCGAUGCGAGCCACAACCGGCUGACGGACCUUGGGCCGAUGAACGUACCGAACAGUGUCGAGCUGCUGUUCGUGAACGAUAAUCACAUUGGCACGAUCCACGCCAACACCUUCAUCGACAAGGUUAACCUGGCCCGGGUGGAUCUGUACGCGAACGCGCUCAAGAAGCUGCAGCUGCACCAGUUGCGGGUGGCACCGGCACCAACGACGGACCGUCCGCUGCCAGAGUUUUACCUCGGUGGCAAUCCGUUCGAGUGUGACUGUUCCAUGGAGUGGAUGCAGCGUGUAAACAAUCUCACCACCCGGCAACAUCCGAAGAUUAUGGAUUUGCCGAACGUCGAGUGCAUAAUGCCACAUGCGCGUGGUUCUCCUAUUCGUCCGAUUGUGUCGCUACAGCCGAAAGACUUCCUGUGCCGGUACGAGACGCACUGUUUCGCCCUAUGCCACUGUUGUGAUUUUGAUGCGUGUGAUUGUGAGAUGACGUGUCCGUCGAACUGCACCUGCUACCACGAUCAAACUUGGGGCACGAAUGUGGUGGACUGUGGCAAUCAGGGCGCAGGUUCGACGGCUGCUGCCGGUGGACUUCGACCGGUGCCAAUGGAUGCCACCGAAGUGUAUCUGGAUGGGAACGAUAUCCCAGAACUGCAGCACCAUGUGUUCAUUGGUCGUAAGAAUCUGAAAGUGCUGUAUGCGAAUGCGAGCCAUAUCACUACCAUUCAGAAUCGAACGUUUGCCGGAUUGACGGCCCUGCAAGCGCUCCAUCUAGAGGAUAACGCGCUCCAAAGGAUCCACGGGUAUGAGUUCGAGAAUCUAGCACUGUUGCGUGAGCUGUACCUUCAGAACAACGCACUCCAAAGCAUUGCCAAUGGGUCGUUUGCUCCGUUGUACUCGCUGCGCGUGCUGCGACUCGAUGGCAACAAGCUGGUAACGAUGCCACUGUUCCAGCUGCAAGCAGCCCAAGGUAAUCUGCAGGCACUGCAAUCGCUCUCGCUCGGCCGUAAUCCGUGGAGCUGCCGGUGUCGGUUCCUGCCCGAGUUGACUGCGUUCGUUGCGGACAAUGCGGUCAUCGUACAGGAUCCGCAGGAUGUGUACUGUGCCGAUGAUGGUGUGCACCGCGAGCUAGACUUUAAUGUGAGUGCCGCGUGUAGUGACUUUUAUGCCGGACGUUCCGUGCUACCCGGCGAUGGACUAUCCGAAACGUACAUCCUGCUAAUGGCCAGUGCGUUCGUGCUAACCUGCCUGCUACUCAUCGCCGUGCUUGUGUUUGUGUUCCGUGAGCCACUCCGCUUCUGGCUGUUUUCGCGAUACGGUGUGCGUGUGUUUGGACCGCGGUGUGAAGAUUCGGAAAAGUUGUACGACGCGAUCCUACUGUACUCGGCCAAGGAUGCUGAGCUGGUGGCGCGCAGUAUAGCGAGUGAGCUAGAAAAUGGGCGACCUCCGUUACGGUUGUGCUUGCAGCAUCGGGAUCUUCCGGAGGAUGCAUCCCAUCUGCAGCUGCUGGAGGCUUCUCGUGCCUCGCGGCGCAUUGUAGUGCUGUUGUCGCGUAACUUCCUGCAGACGGAGUGGAGUCGGUGCGAGUUACGCCGGGCGGUGCACGAUGCGCUUCGUGGCCGUCCGCACAAGUUGGUGGUGGUGGAGGAGGGUGGUGGUGUACUGCUGGAAGCGGAGAACGAUGUCGAGCUAGUGCCGUAUCUAAAGACGACCACGGUCACAAGGGUGCGGCGUGGCGAUCGUCACUUCUGGGAGAAGCUACGGUACGCCUUACCGGUUGAGGCGCCCUACCGUGGCAACAACUACACCAUCGACCAUCACGAACGGGUGAAGCAGACGGGUGCUGGAGGUGGGGCGGGAGGUGCAGGUGGUGCUGCCGGUGUCAUGUUCCGGCAGCCUCCUCCACCCGCCUACUGUCCGGAGAUUGACGAGGCGAACUACUCUUCGGCGACGACGGCAACUCCUUCGCCGCGGCCUUCGCGGCGCGGUAUGGUGGAGGUGCCCACGCAGCGUCCUCCUAGCGAACACAUCUACUCGAGCAUCGAUUCCGACUACAGUACGCUCGAGUGCGAGAACAUGGUGAUGGCACCGGCCGGCGUACAUCGUCCGUCGUGGCGAUCGGCUGGCGGACAUCCCGUGCAGAACGGUGGUACGAUGCAUCAUCCACAUGGUGCGGGUGCCGGUGGCCAUCACGUGCAGGCGUAUCUGGUAUGAGACGGCACACGAACCCGCCGUCUUUUAAGUCGUUAGUCAGUAGAGGUUAAUAGGCGUAGUGCAUCAACGAAC